GUUUAUUUUUCAGUUUUUUUAUUUAUUUAUUUCACUUUUUAAUACAAAAUCAUAGAUGAGCCUAGUUUUCCAAUUUGACUGCAUCAUCUAAAAUAAAAUUAAUUAGGCCUUCUUGAGAUGGGAUUUUAAAAGCUCAUAUCUUUGUGGGCAUAGCUAAAAAAAUAUAACCUAACCUGUAAUUAUUGUGGGCCUCAUUUUGGUAUAAUUAUGUCAGGUUUAUUGUGAAAACCGCAGACGGAUGUGGCGCUUUUGUUUCGCGGUGACUUGAUGCGCUUGGAGUAAAACCUCGGAAAGCGGUAGGAGGAGGACGCCAACUCCGGAGCACCGCGGACUGGAGCCAAACUGCCCCUCGUCGCGGACACAAGUGGCCGGUGCAGGCGGCUGUGGACUCGGGGUUAUCGGAGGGAACACGGAGAGGACUGUAAUGAACCGGGGCGAUCCGUUUACUCACCGACUUUUUGUUUAGUAGCGCACCUGGAAGUUACCGCUCAAAACUUUCGCCGUCGGUAAGUGGUCCGUCUGGUUGGCCUGCCACACAGAGCGCGUUACCCACAUGUCUCUGCCUUGUUCCUGGUAGUUUUUCCCAGGAACUAGUCUGUAGGCACCGCCAGGCUUCGCUCCCCGGGGACCCGCGCAGGUAACAGGGCUGGUCGGUGUACCUUUACGCACACACGGUGACGCACGGAUCCUUUUGAAACUACUUUGUGGCCAGAGGCUGCAACCGUGGAGCGAAACCAAGGAGGCGCCGCGCAGCUGUAGAGAAAGCCGACGGUCAGAGCGCAGGAGCGGGCAUGGAUGUACCAGAGGAGAGCGGGAGACAGCGGGGAGAAGGCUGGAGGAAAGCGGCGAUGAGGAGCAGGAAGAUACCGGUGGAUACGCUUUACGUCGUGGGCUUUAUCUGCUUACAAGUCUUGUCCCUCCAAGCCUCCGCCGCCAUGCAGUUCACAAAGGAGCCCAAAUCCCAGGAUGCAUUACACGGCCGGAGCGCGAUGUUGCGUUGUGAGGUGAGCGAGCCCGCAGACGUGACCUACAGUUGGACCCAUAACGGAGAGACUCUGCAGAACACAGACAGACGAUUCCAGGAGGGCAGCAACCUCAAGUUCACCUCCAUCGAUCGCAAACUCGACUCUGGAAAUUUCGAGUGUGUGGCAUCCAACAUGGCAACCGGAGAGUUUCUGAGGUCUACCAACGCGUCUUUCAAUAUUAAAUGGCUGGAGAGUGGAGGCGUGACCCUGAAAGAGCCUGCUUCAGAGAGAGAGAUCGAGAGCUCAGUCACAGUCACUCUUCGCUGCCACAUCGACGGACAUCCUCGUCCCACGUGUCACUGGUUUAAAAAUGGAGUGAAGCUGACGGAGAAAACCCAUCAGAUCAACAACAAGGAGCGCACCCUGAGCCUGAAGAGUGCGUCUGUGGACGAUAACGGAGUUUACUACUGCUGUGCCAAGAACGCAGCGGGACACGUGUGCAGCAACAGCAACUUCACUCUGAACAUUAUAGAUAAGAGUGUCCCGCGGCCGGUGGUCAUCCCUGAAGACCAGGUGGUGCUGAAAAAUGAGGAGGCCAUGUUGCACUGUCAGUUCACCGCCGUCCCGCCCCCGACACUGGAGUGGUACCACGAGGGCGAGCUUGUGGUUAACAAAUCCAGAGUCAUCCUGUUGUCCAAUGGCACCCUGUGGAUCACUCAAGUCAAACCCAGAAACACGGGGAUCUACAAAUGUGUGGGACGAGGGCUCACAGGGACACAGGUCGUACAGGAGGCAUCACUGCAGAUCGCUGAGAUAGACGACAUGGUUCCGCGGGCGUCCCAGGUCUUCACAGCAGACACACUGCAGAGGGUGCCCUGUCGUGCUCCUCGGGGCAAACCAGAGCCAGAUGUGUGGUGGGAGAGGGGAGGAGAGCGGGUGCCCACUGAGGGGAGGGUGUACCAGGAGGACCUGGACCUGGUCUUUAGUCCCACUGAGGCCGGGGACUCAGGGGUCUACACCUGUGUGGCAGAGAAUAAAGCAGGACGACGCACACAAGAGGUUACCUUCACUGUGGCCACUGCCCCGGUGUGGGUGAGGCGGCCCCAGGACAGUCAGUUUGAGGAGGGUAAACCCGGGUACCUGCACUGCCACGCUCAGGCUACUCCAGAGCCAGAGGUCGUGUGGCUCCGAAACGGCCAGCUUAUCUCUCAGGAGGGCAAUCGUUUCAAGUUGUUUCCCAAUGGCACCUUGAGGAUCAACAGUGUGGAGGUGUACGAUGGGCAGAUGUACGGCUGUGAGGCCAAGACUGUGGGAGGGAGGCUGUCUGGGCAGGCGCGCGUCAUUGUACUCGAGAAGCUGAAGUUCACCCCGACUCCUCAGGCUGUUCAGUGUCUGGAGCUGGACAAAGAGAUGAGCAUCACGUGUUCAGCCACAGGGAGAGAAAACCCCACAAUCCGCUGGACCAAAGCAGAUGGAGGAGAGCUGCCCCCUCAUGUGAAGCAAAAGAACGGACAGCUUCAUUUUACCAAAGUGAGCCGUAGCGACGCCGGAAACUACACCUGCAUCGCCUCCAACCACCUGCAGGGGGAGAUACGAGCUCUGGUCUCCCUCACUGUGGCAGUGUACAUUAGGUUUAAAGUGGAGCCAGAUAACACCACAGUUUAUCAGGGCCACACAGCCAUUCUCCACUGUCAGGCUGCAGGAGACCCAGAGCCCUACAUCCACUGGGUCGUCAAAGAUAAACCUCUGGACAUGUCUAAAAGCAGAAGGCUUCAGAAGAUGCCCAAUGGCUCCCUGCUGAUCACAGAUGUGAGUGCAGAGGACACUGGGAGAUACACGUGCGUGGCUGGAAACAGCUGCAAUAUCAAAGGACUCGUGGCUCAGCUCUAUGUCGUGGACAAACCAACGAUCAAAGAUAUUGAAGAUGAGAAGGCGCCUUAUAAAAUGAUCCAGACUAUCGGCCUGUCUGUGGGGGCCGCUGUGGCGUACAUCAUCGUUGUCCUGGGACUCAUGUUUUACUGCAAAAAGAGGCGCAGCGCCAAAAGACUCCAGAAGGGUGGCGACGGAGAGGAGCCAGAGAUGGAGUGCCUCAACGGAGGGUCAGUGCAGCACAAUGGGCACACCACAGCAGAGAUCCAGGAGGAGGUGGCUCUGACAAACAUGGGGACUCUGGCCACGACAGAGAAACGCCACAGUCACAUCAACAACGACAAACUGCACUUCCCCAGAGCCAAUCUGCAGACCAUCACCACUUUAGGCAAAGGUGAGUUUGGCGAGGUGCUUCUGUCCAAGGCCAAAGGCAUCGUGGACGGUGAGGAGGAGACGGUGGUCCUGGUGAAGAGUCUUCAGAGCCGGGACGAGGCGCUGCAGCAGGAUUUCCGUCGAGAAGCGGAAAUGUUCGGAAAACUCAGUCACCCCAACGUUGUCCGUCUCCUCGGGCUGUGCAAGGAGACGGAGCCUCACUACAUGAUCCUGGAGUACUAUGAUCUGGGAGAUCUCAAGCAGUACCUCAGAAUCUCAAAGAGCAAAGACGACAAGGUUAAAACUCAACCUCUCAGCACCAAGACCAAAGUUUCCAUCUGUGCCCAGGUGGCUCACGGCAUGGAGCACCUGUCCAAUCACCGCUUCGUGCACAAAGACCUGGCCGCUCGAAACUGCCUCAUCAACAGCCAGCGCCGCGUCAAAGUGUCUGCGCUCAGCCUCAGCAAAGACGUCUACAACAGUGAGUACUAUCACUACAGACAGGCGUGGAUCCCCCUGAGAUGGCUGCCCUCAGAAUCUGUGUUCGAGGAUGAUUUCUCCACUAAGUCGGACGUGUGGGCUUUCGGGGUGCUCAUGUGGGAGGUGUUCACUCUCGGGGAAAUGCCACACACCAAACUCAGCGACGAUGAGGUGCUCGAAGAUUUGAAGUCUGGAAAGCUGAAGCUGCCCGUCCCCGAUGGCUGUCCAUCCAGAAUCUACAAACUCAUGUUGCGCUGCUGGGCCCCGAGCCUCAAAGAGCGCCCCUCCUUCACCGACAUUGUCCACACUUUGGGAGACAUACCCUCUGACAGCAAAGUCUGAUCUACCAACUCCUCUGUCCCCUCAAAUAUAUAUUAAAACAGACUUAUGCUGGAUUAUUAUUACUAUACACAUUUCAGGGAAGCUGGUUGAGGAGAGGACACUUUUUAUAUGCAUUUCAACGGUGAGACUUUGCCUUAACCACAGCAUGGAUGACCCUAUUUAAGUCUGUGGUAUUUCUGAUCCUGCCUGCCUCCUUUACUUCGUCCCAUUGACAAUAAUUUGCAUCGUUGGAGCCUCGCAACCUCUGUGCCUACCCCUCAACACACAAAAGACCUAUGGCUAUCACCGACCAGUUUUACAUGGUCUUAAGCCUAUCAAAUAAGGACAUAUUUACUCACAUUCAAUGGAAAAGGUGCUUUUUUAGUGACUUCGAUGAAGCCCUAUCAAAUCAAUCACGUCGGAGCAUCUCUUCAUCUCACUACGUUCAAUAUCUGCAUCGUGGGACCAAGCAUGUCUCUCCAAAGUUUUGAUUUCUGUGCCACCAAAUGUUACAAAUGUAAAAGUGUAGGGGUUUGCUCAAAAGUGAGGUGUUUUUUUUUUUUUGGAAUGUUACAUUAUCUCAUGAGGGACAAAAAAAGAUCAUCAAGUCUGUAGCCAAGAAAAGAGGCUGUGCCAGAAUGGGCUUUGUAUAAUUUUGACGAGUGUGUUGUUGUAUUAACCGAGGUGCUUUUAAGGCGCUAAAUGUAAAUGGGUACAAAUGCCCAAAAAUUCACAAAUGUUUGAGUGGAGUCCAAAACUACUUCCCAUUGUCACUUUGUAAAGCUAAAAUAUCACUGUCAAGAUGUCAAGUUUAAUAUAGUAAUGUAGUAAAUCUUUUUUUAAUUCAAUGUGUAAAGAAAGCCAACAAAUUUUUAAAUGAAGUGUCUUAAUUUGUUUACUGAACUCAUCAUCUUUGUGCUUUAUCAAGAUUUGCAGAAAACAAAUUUGGCCUUUAUAAAUGUAAAAAUCAUUGAUAUAUUUAACAUGAACUAUACUUUUUCAUUAAAAUAGAUGAAAUUAUAGCUUGAAAUUAUGGUUUGGUGAGAACAAAGUGAAUUGUAAAACUAAUUUAUCACAGUAUUGCUUUGUUAAAUUAUGAAAAUACUAUAAAAUGUAAGCAUAAAAACUAUAUUGGAAGUGGUUUUGGACUUUUUAUUUGUCAUAAAUGGGCUGAAGCCUAUCACUGCGUGUGUUAAACAUACAAUAAUGUCUUCUCGAGUGGUCCAGUCAGUUUUAUUUUGGUCAGUGAGGCAAUGUGUACAUAUAUACUAUAGAAGCCAUGCACUAAUUUCACUUAAAUAUCCCUUUUUAUCACGUAGAAGGAAUUGACAAGAACCUAAAUAUUUAUGAAGAAGGUCCUGUCUUUUUAGCUAAUACAAAUUCAUGGUACUUCUGGGGCUGUGUGCUUUUCUAUGAACCACCUCAAAUGUCCAAUCAUCAAUCCAAACAAUAUGUAAAAAUAUAAAGGAGGUCAAAAGUGUCUCUGAAGUGCCUAGGAAAUGAAGGAUUUUCCCUUUUUUACGUGUAUCUAAUCAAAUGCAAUGGCCUUUUGUUUUUUCAACUUGUUUUUAUACGUUGUUUUUAGUGUAAUGUUUUUUUGAGUUUUUUUUACAAACGCUAGGCACUCACACCUAGACCUCUUUUUUAAUCCGCUUCAGCAAAUGUUCUCAGUAACCUGAUAUAUUCAAAAGUAUACAUGCUGCUGUCAAUAAAGGAUCACAGUGUUUUUACAA